CCUGGCCGUGCAGGACUGUUAACCACGGAGACGCACUCGGCGCUACGUCUCACGUCAUACUCCUUGAUCGAAGUCAGUCGGUAUUGCCUGGAGGAGCUAGGUUUUGAAUAUGUCUUGCUUGCAAAGUUUCAGACAGACAGCCUCGAGGAGAGGUUUGGUCGUUACCGUCGGCUAUGUGGAUCCAACUACCAUAUUUCCGUCCAACAAAUAUUUGAAUCAGAAGCAAAACUGAGGCUUCAGAACUCGCUGGUUUUUCCAGAUAUGAAAGAACUGUCCCAACCUAGCAGUAUUGUGUUUGAUGCAGCCAAGGUGAUAGAAGAAUAUGGCAUCAAGUUGACUGAAGAGGACGUGAAAUCAAAAAAGGAGAGCUUGCCUGCAAUAGUGUAUAUUGCAGGUUACUGCGCCCACGCCGCUCUCAGGAAAAUUCCCUGUGAAGAUUGUGCGGCCAACAUCACGAGACAAGAUAGGGAUAUACCAAUGGUUGAUAUGCUAAUCGAAGGCCUCACAAGAGGGGCCCUAAAAUUUCCUCCACCAGUAGUAAUAAGUGCUGUUCUGCACACACAAAUCGUGCUUGAAAAGUUGACAUCGAAAGAGAACACCACCCGGUUUCAUGCAGCACGGCACCAAAGGCAGCUUCUUCUCAGUGUGGUGAAGCACCUUUUAAUUGACAAUGAAGAUUUGGACAUUUGUUGCAAAGGACACCAUCCGGAGACAGUGCUUCACAACAUCUUGUGGGCAGCCACCAACACCUUACUGAAAAACUACGUCCAAAUGAAAACCGACAAGUUAACGGCGGCAAAGAAGGGCGCAACACUGAAGAGGAAACUGAAAACGCUCAAUUAAGCUACCUUCAACGUCUUGAAGAUUCACGUUAGAAUAAAUAAAUGAU